GCUACCCCCCAUUUCCGGUUCUUACACUAAUUCUGGGACACUCUGUACGCAUAAAUAUUUCUAUUAACGAAAACUAGAGUUAACAAUGUAUGAAUGCAAUGAGACAAGAUUAAUUUCGAUUUCUAAACUGUUGAAUGAAUUUUGCUUCCAUUCUAACAUUACUGGAUCGAAUUGUAGCGGAGGUAAAUUAUUACGCGCAUGUUUAAAUAUAUCGAAAUGGAUUCUAUAUGUAUUAAAUAAUACAUAAUGGUUUGGAUUUUUAGAUUAAUGCGAUCUCAAAUGUUAGCAAAGUCUCAACCGAAUUUGUUGGACAUCGGAAACGACAAUGAUUCUGACAUUUACGACGGUUCGAGUUCGUUACGAAGCGGUACUUCGUCCAACACGUUAAACGAGGACGAAGUAGAGAAAGAAAGCAAAGGGAAGCACAAGCCUAAUCCACGACGCCGAAGCACCCUGAUAGCGCAAUGGGAGAAUUUGAUAGCUGCGAAGAAAGAGACUAACGAUAACGGCAACGAGAUUGAUUUGAACGUUUAAAAUGUUUCUACAUCUUGUAAAAAGUGAGCAACUAAUUCACUCCUCGCUUUUGUACCGUUUGUGUUUGUAAGUUGUAUUUGAAGCAACUUAAACGGAUGGCAUAAACGUUAAAAAAUGUGCUACGUCAAGCCUUUUAUUCUUGAAGCACGCACGUUUCUCGUGUCAACGCGUAUCAUCGGUUCUAUUCAUUUACUCGACUCGCGAGUUAAUUUAUUUAACAUUACGAACAAUAUUUAUUCAAGAAUGAAAGCAUUACCUGAUCGAUUAUACGUUAUACUUAGCGUUUUCCUCGUUUAAAGCUUUCAGUAUUAAAAAGCUAGCCACGUAAACAAAAAAAAUUACUACUUCCUUUGUAUGGGUUAAAAAUUAUACUUAAGUAUUGCAAGCAUAUAUUCGAUAUAUCCGCUUGUUAUUUGUAAUAUAUCUUUCAGUUAUAUAUUAUACAUUCACAUGUAAACGAUUACGGAUCCUUAAGGAACUGAUUUUAACAUGUGGCAUAUAACAAUAACUAUGAAUUAUAUAAGCAAAAAUAUCUAUUGUGUACUUAAUUAAUUGUAAAGAAUAGCGAUAUUUGAUUUACUUGUAUAUGUGAUAGUAUAGUUAAAAAAAUGAUAAUGAUAAAAAACAGUUUAUGCAACUUUUAUAGAAUUAAUAAGAUACAUUUCUCAAAGCAUGCCUUUUUCUUUUCCCUAAACAAAAUUAUAUGAUAAAAAGUAACAAUAAUUUAACGUUGUAUACGUGCACUUAUUUUUAAGUACAACUGCAUUUAUCAAUACCCCUACAAUGAACAUAACUUAACCUAACUCGAUGUACAAUGUACUUUAUGAAAAUAUAUUAUGUGAUAUAAUUUUAAUGUGUUAUUAUGUAAUAAUAAUAAUAAUAAUAACAAAUUACAUAAAAAUCAUAUCAUAAUAAAACUGCAUUUAUCAAUAUAUAUAUAUAUAGCUAUAUACAAUGAACAUAACCUAACCUAUUCCUAUACACAAUAUACUUUAUGAAAAUAUAUUGUUUCGCAAUAUCACUUUAAUGUGUUAUUAUGUAACAGUAAUAACAAAUUACAUAAAAAUCCCACAAUAAUAUAAAAUCUACUUCGAAAAUAUGCUUUCUCUAUGCGAAUAAUUACGUAUCGACGAACAUGAGCGAACCUAACGAACGAUGCAAAUGAUACCAAUUGACACCAAUGUCGACGUUUUUCCACGUGUUUUCAAGUGACAUAUAGUAACCAUGAAUAACUCAGAUAUAACAAAAAUAACAAGCGUGGAAAUUGAGAUUUUAUUAUUAAGAAAUUUUGUUACUGACGAAGUUUCCGAAUUGCCAGUUUGUAUAAAAAAUAUACUAGAUGGACGAUACGAAGAUGUGAUAAAUAAUGAAUUCUGUUCGCAUUUGAUGAAAUCAUACGACAACGAUAACUUUUGCAAUUUGAUACAUACCAGUAUAGAGAAAGAAGUUGCCACGCGUAAUUCUUGGCUAUAUGUAGGCGCAGCUUCUUUGCUGUAUUUUAUUCAAUGUAAUUGGACAGGACCGCUAGACAACAAAGACAUCGAACGUCUGAAAAGUCAAGAAGAGAGAGCGCUUAAAGAUUUAUCUUUACACGAUGAAUGCAAUACAAACGUCAAGAAGCCAGAGCUUCUUUAUUUUUCUAAAAUCAUAUUUUCUAACAAAGUAUUACAAAACACUUACGAGAGUUGUAUUUGGUGGUUGUUUAGAGCGAAUCUUUUGCAUCAACAUGUAUUAAACGAAAAUUCUGGUGUGAUAUUUGACGAGACAGAACAAUUGAUUACCAAAAUCGAGGAUCUGUCUUUGUUAAAAGACACCUACUGUAAAACUCUGUUUUAUCUUGAAGCUGCGCAAUUCUACUUUUAUUAUAGAAGGAUUCAGAACUCAGAAAAAUAUCUUGAAUGCGCUCAGGAAACAGCGAAGUUAAGUUUAAGCCUAGAAGGUGCUCUAGGUAAACGUACAAGAUAUCAACAGGACGAGAAAGCCCAAUUAUAUUUAAAAACUGAUCUAAAAAAAGAUCAAUUUCAUUUUAGACAUUGCGAAAAUUUACCGAAAUCUCUCGACUUGAACGACGACGUUAGAUUAGAACGCGUUGAAUUUUCAGAAAAUAUAGAGCAUACCCAGUUAGGAACAGUCGAAGAAGCUAUUAUAUUGGCAGAAUACAUGCAAUUGCAAUUGUCGCAACCAAAGGAUAAAUUAAUGGACGAAGAAGUUAAACCAUAUCUAACUGCUGUAAUAGAUAGUACAAAAAAUUGGACUUUAAAAACGACUGCUCUUUAUCAUCGCUGUUCACUGGAAUCUGGUGGCAAAAGAACCGUUGAACGGUCGAUGAUGCAAAUGGAAUAUUUAAUACACGAAUUAAAAAAUACAAAAGUUUCUGUUGCGCAUAAAAUGGAUAUGUUUUUCGCGAGUGGCCUUAAACCUGUUUGGGUCUUAGAACAAACAUGGGCGCAUUUAAUGCUAAGCCUGGGAUUGGUAAAAGGAGCUUUAGAUGUUUUCUUGAAACUCCAGUUAUGGGAAGAAGUAAUUGCCUGUUAUAAUACGCUGGAAUUGAAACAUAAAGCAGCAGAAAUAAUUCGUCAAGAAAUAGCUAAAAAGCCCACAGUUCAGUUGUGGUGUUUACUGGGUGAUGCAACUGACGAUCCUAAUCAUUAUGAAACAGCAUGGAAACUAUCUAACGAAAAAAGUAGUCGGGCCCAAAGACAUUGGGGACUGUUUUACUUUUCAAAGAAGAACUAUAAAGAAGCUAUACCACAUUUAAAAUUAUCGGUUGAAUUGAAUAACAUUCAAGAAAACAUUUGGAUAAGGCUUGGAUUUGCAGCUCUGGAAAUAGAGGACUGGAAAUUGGCUGCAACUGCGUAUAAACGUUACUGUGCCUUGGAACCAUCGACAUUCGAGGCAUGGAAUAACUUGGCAAAAGCUUAUAUAAAACUGGGUGAUAAAGAGAAAGCUUGGAGAUCUCUUCAAGAUGCUAUAAAAUGCAAUUAUGACCGUUGGCAAGUUUGGGAUAAUUUAAUGAUCGUUAGCGUUGACCUAGGACACUUUUCAGAAGUAAUUCGAUGUUAUCAUCGUAUUUUGGAUCUUAACAAUCACCACUUAGACGUGCAAGUUCUCGAUAUACUAACGCGGGCCAUAUUAAAUAAUAUAAAUGAUUCCGAUGGGAAUCCCUCACAAAAAUUGCUUUCGAAAGCUUUAGAGUUAUUUGGAAGAAUUAGUUCCUCCAUACCUAAUAAUUGCCAUAUUUGGAGAAUGUAUGGUCAGCUUACCGCUCUUAAGGAAACGGAUAUAGAUAAUGAAAAAGCAGCGCAAUACUUGCAGCAAGCACAUCGCGCUGCUGUUUCAGAUCCCAAAUGUUUUCAACAAGAAGAAUCGAUACAGAAUGUAUUACAGUUAUGUUCUAUAUUAGCAGAAAUGUAUUUACGCUGCGCAUCUAAUUGCGAAAUUAAGAAAAAACGAACAUUGUUAGCUAGUGCCAAACUGUCUCUCCAAGGAGUAGUAAAGAAAGUUAAAGAUCAAGUGUGGAAUAACGACGCUGUUCCAACACGCUUGCAAGAAGUUGAAGACUAUUUAAAUGUUGUAACAAAUGAACUAGAAAAAAUAAAAUUGUCGAAUUAAAUUUUAAGAUGUUUUUCGAAUAUGUAAAAUAUAGAAACGUCGUGUAUCAAAGUAUAUGUAUAUAAAGAAAUGAAGUUUCACAUCCGCUGGAUAGCUAUUGUUUCGUUUGAAACUAUGUAGCUUCGUCAAUGUUAACGAUAUCGGUAUUUAAUAAAUUUUAACGAUAUUCUUAAAACGUGAAGCUUGUCGAAUAUGUAAAAUACAAAAUCUCGAUUCAUUGAAGCAUCUA